UGUCUGCAAUCUGCUUUCUCCAAGAUGAACGACCUUCUCACGGAUUCUUUUGCGGCCCCUGCAAAAAAAGCUUCUAGAGAAGGAGAUGUAGAAUUAGGAACAAAGCUUGCUAGGAAUGCAUCAGAUGUGGGGAUGGAAAGUUUCUUCAAGCAGGUAAGAGAGAUUGAGAAACAAAUUGAGAAGGUCUCUAAGCAUCUUCAAAAGCUUCAAGAUGCCAAUGAGGAAUCUAAGUCUGUUACUAAGGCAUCUACAAUGAAAGCAAUCAAGCAAAGGAUGGAGAAAGAUGUUCAUGAAGUAGGUAGAAUUGCCCGUGGUGUCAAGUUGGAACUUGAAGAAAUUGACAGCGUUAAUUUGGCAAACAGAAAGAAGCCAGGAUGUGAAAAAGGUACAGGUGUGGACCGAUCCAGAACAAUUAUGACAGUUGCUCUGAAGAAAAAGUUGAGGGAAAAGAUGUCUGAGUUUCAGAUGCUAAGACAAACAAUUCGGGAGGGAUAUCGUGAAGUUGUUGAAAGAAGGGUCUUUACUGUUACAGGAACCAAACCUGAUGAAGAGAUGAUUGACCAGUUAAUCGAGACUGGAAAUAGUGAGCAGAUACUGCAUAAAGCAAUCCAGGAACACGGAAGAGGGCAGGUCAUGGACACAUUGGCAGAGAUUCAAGAACGCCAUGAUGCUGUUAAUGAGAUAGACAAGAAGCUCCUUGACUUGCAUCAGAUUUUCCUCGAUAUGGCCGUGUUGGUUGAGGCUCAUGGUGAACUGCUGGACAACAUUGAAACUCAGGUGACAAAUGCAGUGGACCGUGUGCAUUCUGGGACCGAUGCCCUACAAAGAGCCAAAAGCUUGCAGAAGAAGUCCAGGAAGUGUAUGUGUGUUGCCAUUUCCAUCCUAAUAGUAAUUGCAAUAAUUAUUUUGCUUUCAAUAUUAAAGCCUUGGAAAAAAUAAUCAAGUUCUUGCUACUAAAAGAAAUUUGUAUACAAUAAUUGAAUGAAAUUGGAGCAUAAACAAAG